CACAGCAUGCCUGUGCUUUGCCCUCCUUCAUUCUCUCGUCCUCUGAGCUGUGUCUGGUCAAAUCCAGCAGUCCUCAGCCAAGACCUACCUACUCAUCCUGCCAGCAGCAUGAAGUCUGCACUGCUUCUCCAACUCCUAUUGAUUCACUUAACACCACAGCAGGUGCCUGGGAGCCCCAAGCAACAUUUUAUGAAGUAUAUCUUGGAACCCCCACCCUGCAGAUCAGAUCCUGGAAACUGCACUCAAUUCUGUACAAUGCAGGAAGAUUGCAAAAACGGACUUCAGUGCUGUUCUGCCUUCUGUGGGAUAGUCUGUUCAUUAAACAAGAAUAUAAAUUAUGACAGAACCAGUCACAAGAACAUAAGAAAGGUCAUGGUACAACCUAACCUUACACCUAAAAUAAUUGGAAAAAAAGAACAUCAAAUAAAGCCUAAAUCCAGCAGGAGAAGAGAAAUAAUAACAACUAAAGCAGAAAUCAAUGGUAUAGAAAUAAAAAAA